UAUUCUCGCUAUACACCAAGUCACUUGGCUCUGUCAUAACCUCACAUGGUCUCUCCUAUCAUUGCUAUGCAGACGACACACAAUUAAUCUUCUCCUUUCCCCCUUCUGAUGACCAGGUGGCGAAUCGCAUCUCUGCAUGUCUGGCAGACAUAUCAGUGUGGAUGACGGAUCACCACCUCAAGCUGAACCUCAGCAAGACGGAGCUCCUCUUCCUCCCGGGGAAGGACUGCCCGUUCCAUGAUCUCGCCAUCACGGUUGACAACUCCAUUGUGUCCUCCUCCCAGAGCGCUAAGAACCUUGGCGUGAUCCUGGACAACACCCUGACGUUCUCAACUAACAUCAAGGCGGUGUCCCGUUCCUGUAGGUUCAUGCUCUACAACAUCCGCAGAGUACGACCCUGCCUCACACAGGAAGCGGCGCAGGUCCUAAUCCAGGCACUUGUCACCUCCCGUCUGGAUUACUGCAACUCGCUGUUGGCUGGGCUCCCUGCCUGUGCCAUUAAACCCCUACAACUCAUCCAGAACGCCGCAGCCCGUCUGGUGUUCAACCUUCCCAAGUUCUCUCACGUCACCCCGCUCCUCCGCUCUCUCCACUGGCUUCCAGUUGAAGCUCGCAUCCGCUACAAGACCAUGGUGCUUGCCUACGGAGCUGUGAGGGGAACGGCACCUCAGUACCUCCAGGCUCUGAUCAGGCCCUACACCCAAACAAGGGCACUGCGUUCAUCCACCUCUGGCCUGCUCGCCUCCCUACCACUGAGGAAGUACAGUUCCCGCUCAGCCCAGUCAAAACUGUUCGCUGCUCUGGCCCCCAAUGGUGGAACAAACUCCCCCACGACGCCAGGACAGCGGAGUCAAUCACCACCUUCCGGAGACACCUGAAACCCCACCUCUUUAAGGAAUACCUAGGAUAGGAUAAAG